AUGAUCUCGCGUACCUACGAUGUGUUGAAAAUGGCGGGGGAUUUUGCGGAGACGAUUGAGGAUGGGUAUUUGGUAGAAGGCAUUCCUGGACAGUUUCGCGACGCGGGUGAGGAUCUUAGGGGGUAUUAUAGCAAUUAUGUAAAGAAUACCGAUCCCUUUGCUCGCUCGAUGCAUGAUCUGCUGGGAGAAUUAGACAACAUUGAUUUUCACUGGGAAGCCUUUGCAAGAUCUCGAAACAACGCAAUCACGAGCGUAAAAGAUCAAGUCACAUCUUCGCGCCAAAUCUUCCAGGAAGAAUUCGAUAAAUUGGGACAGAAAAAGGGAAAUUGGGCACGCUGGUGGUUAAGACAGUGGAAGAGAUUCCUGCUAGAUGAACCCUACGAAGCUCAUUUUAAAGGAGCAUCUUUCAUGAAUAUUACCGGCGAUAUCGAUCAUUAUAUUUCCAUGUGGCGCAAAACCACAAUCCCAGAUCUGGAAUACAGAUUAACGUCGACGAAAGGCGGGAGUCAUGGGGGACUACCGGGGAAAAUUAGAGAGGUGAGAGAUCGUUGGCCGAAAAGAUAUUGGGGGAAUAAAGGAUUUAGGACGGCGCCAGUAGAGGGCCUGGAGUAUGUAAGGGAUAAAGCGGUAAGUGUGCUAAAGGGCGCGGAUCAAGUGUAUGAGGGGCUAGGUUAUGCGAUUAAUUUGUUGGAUAAGGGCGGUGGAUAUAAUCUAGGAGGCGGGUUUGGAUGGUGGCAUUUGAAGGAGUUAUUGGGGAACUUUGAUCAGGCGGUUAAGAAGCUGGAUGAUGCGGAGUGGAAGGUUAGGGAGAGACAGGAUAGUCGGAGGGAUUAA